AUGGCUGAUAACGCAAAUGUCACUCUCCCCGACCACAUGUUGCGCGUCUCACCCGAAAUUCGUGUGAAGGGCAGUGCGCCUCCGACACUCAUUCCGUCCCACCCAUAUGUACCUCCCCAGCCACUACGCAAGCCCUCGUCCCAGGACACCCGUUCACACCCUGGAGCCCCAGUCUCGCUUCCUCACCUCUUGCCAUCGGACUCAGACGAAGAUGAAAGCAAGAAGCAUAUCUGCACGGUUUGCAAAAAGCGAUUCCGUCGGCCCAGUAGCUUGAAUAUUCAUAUCAACACACAUACCGGUGCUACGCUAGAAGGACAGGACCAGGCCAGAGGCCAGGUUCAAAGCUACCCUCCGCGAUCUUGGCAUGAUGGCACACAGACGGAAAGAGAGAGGUAUUAUCAGCGGCACUAUUCGAUGUGUGAUGCUCGUUUGCCGCGGGGCGGAGAUGAGAGAGAUAACGAAAUGGAUGCAAGUCGUUCCUAUUCGAGACACGACUGA